AUGGAACACUGGCUGGCGGCGCGUAACACCGCGCAGCGCCUGGGCCAGUGUUCCAACCAGCUGCGGCUGCGGCUGCGGCAGGCCCUUUUUCGGCGUGUGCUUUGGAAGAUUCUAGACUACUAUUUGUUAGUUCCACAAGGGAUACGUUUGUCAUUUGGUCCCACCAUUUUGAUUCGAGAGGACAACAUGGCCCUGCUCGCCUACCAUGACUUCAGGGUGCAAGGUGAUCAAAUGUUGUUCACCAGGUUGGCCUUGCUCACAACCAUGUUGACAUCCACCAAGGUGUCAGAUGGGGUAUCCAAGCUCAUUGUCAAAUCGGACUUCGACAAGAUGACCAGAUCCCUACACAAGCAAACUGUCCAGAUGGAGGCAAUUCUGAAGGAGGCCUGGAAGCAGGAUGACACAGAUGUUGGCCCACAAAAGAAGGCUAUGGCCUUUGGGAAACUUUCAGUGAGAAUGUGUCUGCUCCUCUUUGGCAAGCAGAAGUUUGGCAGGGACCCUUUGGUGGAGACCUUUGAAGAGAUCACCCAGCUCUAUGCUGAGGAACUUGUAGGCGAUGGGAACCAUGGCGCUAUCGUGAAUGCACUGAGUCAACAGUCGAAUGCCCUCACAGCGCUGGACCAGGACGCCGUUUGCAGCAUUUUUGAAAACUACUCUGCAUCUGCCUCGGAGUUCUGUGACUUCGACUUCGUGUUGGCCCGUGGUCGAAGAUUUCCUCAAUUAGUUGCACGACUGGGAGAAAUAUCUGACUAUGUGACCAAGCUUGGAGCCGCAGGGCCCUAUAGCCAUUUUUACCAUGGCCACGAAGUUCCCUUGAACAACAGUGUCCUUCCUCAGCUUCAGCCUUAUAUGCCGCUGGAUGCAAACAGACUUAGCAUCAAGGGUCAUGGCUGUUUUGACGCUACUCCACAUCUGGGUGAUGAGCUGCUCAUGGCCUACAGGAUGCCAGAUUUGCUUCUGUGUGAUAGACAGCCCCAGUACGGAGACUUCCCCAUCAUGACAGAUGAUGCAACGCAGAUUAUUCAGCUGGCAAAAAUGUGGGAUGCAAGAGGCUUGCUCUUCCUGCGAAGAGGUCCAGUUGAGGCUGCGGCCAAUGCGGUUGGUCCUCCAGUGACUGCUGCUGAUGUUGCUGAUUUACACGCCUACAGUGAGAUGCUUUCUAGAGAAGCCAACGAGAAGAAAGUGAAGCGCACACGGGAGGUCGAGGGCGAUCAGCUCCACUUGCUGCAUGAACCUUCUGAUAAGAAGCGUGCUUCACUGUUGAGCGAUGAAAUCUUCAUAUGCUUCAAAUCGUUGUUCCAGGGAGAUCAUGGAGGCGUUGAAUUUGCUACAGCUUCUCAUGAGAGUGUCUUGCAGUCUCAGGGCCUCCUGUCGAGUUCCACACGGCUGGUUGCAAACAGGCCUUUCAGAGGGGGGCCCUUAGCAGAUGGCCUCGUGAUUGAUGACUAUUUUGCCAUUUCUCGAGAACCACGCCGUCUAGCUCCUGAGCAAAGUGCUGCAGCAAGAUAUUUCUCCCAGAGUCAGGCGGUCUACAAAAAGUACGACCUGAUCGGCUCUCCACAAAAAGAUGUCAUUGGCGAAAAAAGGGCUAGAGUUAUAGGAGCCGAGAUCAACUCCAACGACCAUGCUGCCCGUCGUGGAAUCACUUCUGUUGGAUCACCAAUUGGGAAGCGCUUGAGUCUUAGCUGGGUGACCUUCCAGAUUGCUCAACUACCGGCUACAACGGACUCUCUUCACCUGUGUCUUCUUGGUGGCUGGACUUCGAUGAUUUUGUAUCGCAGGCCUUUCAUGAGCCUCCUCACCGCAGUACACAAGCUUGUAGAUGCUGCCAGUGUUGAUGCGGAUGCGCCCAAGACAGUUGCUCUUCCAAGAUCUGUGGCAAAUGAGUUAUGCCUCAUGAGCGUUUUGGCUCCCCUCAUGGUGUCUGAUAUUGCUGCUGAUUUUUCUGAGGAGAUCUUUGCUACGGACCCCUCAAAUACAAAAGGUGCCAUUGUGUCGACUACCACACUGCCUUCCGUUGCACAAGAGCUUUGGCGGUGUUGCAGAACGAAGGGGGCAUACUCGCGCCUCAAGACUGACUAUGAGCUCCUGGUUGAACGACUUGGUAUUGCUGAGGAUGUUGGAGAGGAUGUCAAUGCCCUGAAGCCACGGGUCAGCGACGGGAUAGCCGAGCUCGUGCUGCAGGCGGCGGACAAUCCCUUCACCGAGGAAGGCGUCACUCAGAUGACGGACUACGAGGAGGCCCUGCAAGACAUGAUGGAGAAUGGCGGCUUUGCGAACCCUGCCGUGAGCCAGAUUUGUGCGGGUCUCAUCACCCUCUACGACGCGAAGGCGGCGACCACCGAAGAUGCGCAGUACUACGACCGAGCGACGGAGUACAUCUCCAUGAUGCAACAAGCCAUGCAGGCUGCUAUGGGAGAUGCUGCGCUGACGGAUCCCACUUUUUUCUAUUUGGAAUCCCGAAAGCAAAAGCUCCGCCGGAAGAAGGACCGGCGCUUGGCGAAGGGCGCUCCUUCGCAAGAGCUACAAACGCUGAUGAAGCAGCGGUGA